AUGGGACACGAAAACGAGCAGAAACAACAACCCGAAACGGGCAAGAUUUCGGUCGAGUCGACUUCGUCUGAAGGUAGAGGGGCUAACAAUCUCCCCAACUUCCUCCAAUCAGUCAGGCUCAAAUACGUCAAACUCGGCUACCACUACUUGAUCUCACAUGCUAUGUACUUGUUCCUAGUUCCCUUACUUGGUAUUCUCUCCGUUCAUCUCUCCACCAUCACCACAGACGAUCUUGUCCUAUUAUGGGACCAGCUCAAAUUCAAUCUGGUUUCAGUUGUCAUAUGUUCCGCCCUCAUCGUCUUCUUGGGCACGCUCUACUUCAUGACCAGGCCAAGGAAAGUCUACUUGGUCGACUUUGCGUGUUACAAGCCUAAGCCCGAGGUUAUGUGUAGUAAAGAAAUGUUCAUGGAGAAAUCGAGGGCCGCCGGGAUUUUCACUCCGGAGAAUUUGGAGUUUCAAAAGAGGAUUUUGGAGCGAUCGGGGUUAGGACAAAAGACAUACUUUCCUGAAGCAUUAAUGCGCGUGCCUGCCAACCCAUGCAUGGCCGAGGCCAGAAAGGAGGCUGAGAUGGUCAUGUUCGGGGCAAUCGAUGAUUUGUUGGCGAAAACGGGCGUGAAGGCUAAGGAUAUUGGGAUUCUUGUCGUGAAUUGCAGCUUGUUUAAUCCGACGCCGUCCCUCUCAGCUAUGAUUGUGAACCAUUACAAACUUAGGGGUAAUAUUUUGAGCUAUAAUCUUGGAGGGAUGGGGUGCAGUGCUGGUUUGAUAUCAAUUGAUCUUGCCAAACAGCUCUUGCAGGUGAAUCCCAACUCCUACGCCCUAGUAGUGAGCAUGGAGAACAUCACCCUCAACUGGUACUUCGGCAACAACCGAUCAAUGCUAGUCUCCAACUGCAUUUUCCGAAUGGGAGGCGCCGCAAUUCUCCUCUCCAACAAGCCAUCAGACAGACGACGCGCAAAAUACCAACUAAUACACACAGUCCGAACCCACAAAGGUGCCGAUGACAAGAGCUACGGCUGCGUGUUUCAAGAAGAGGACGACACUAAAAGAGUCGGCGUCGCGCUCUCCAAAGACCUAAUGGCCGUGGCCGGAGAGGCCUUAAAGACCAACAUCACAACGCUAGGCCCAUUAGUCCUUCCCAUGUCGGAACAAUUGCUCUUCUUCGUCACAUUAGUUGCAAGAAAAGUGUUCAAGAUGAAGAUCAAGCCAUAUAUACCGGAUUUUAAGCUUGCGUUCGAUCAUUUCUGCAUUCAUGCAGGAGGGAGGGCAGUGUUGGAUGAGUUGGAGAAGAAUCUUGAGCUGAGCAAGUGGCACAUGGAGCCUUCAAGAAUGACAUUGUACAGGUUUGGUAACACAUCUAGCAGCUCAUUGUGGUAUGAGUUGGCGUAUACGGAGGCUAAAGGGCGGAUUAGGAAGGGGGACAGGACGUGGCAGAUUGCGUUCGGGUCCGGAUUCAAGUGUAAUAGCGCAGUAUGGAGAGCGUUGAGGCGGAUAGAUCCAGCUAAGGAGAAGAACCCUUGGAUGGAUGAGAUUGAUGAGUUUCCUGUCGAGGUGCCAAGAGUGGCAACUCUUGCUUGAUACUAUGUUGACAAAGGUUGCGUUUUGCUUUCGUACAACGUUGCAAGAAAGGUGUCACGAGUGUGUAAUUGUUGGAUGGAUCCGUUUCAAUAGUGUCAAUUCAUUCGUAUGACGAUGUGGACAAGAUCAGCAGCAUCUGGUCCAUUGUAAAAUGAAUCGUUUCAGUGUUCUUUUUUUUUUUUUUUCCCUCCAGAUCAAACGUGGAGAGAUUUGUUGUGUUCAGUUGAGUGUUAGGAAUCACAAAGUCACUACAUUAUUUUUAGAGAUAUGAAUAUGAAUUGGAUGUCAUGACCUUUAAAGAUGUUAUAA